AUGUUCUCUGAGUCUCAAAUUCCCCAAUCAUCUUUACCAUCUAACCCGUUUACCUUCGAUAUGUUCUCUGAGUCUCAAAUUCCCCAAUCAUCUUUACCAUCUAACCCGUUUACCUUCGAUAUGUUCUCUGAGUCUCACAUUUCCCAAUCAUCUUUACUAUGUGACCCGUUUACCUUUAGUAUGUUCACUGAGUCUCACAUUCCCCAAUCGUCUUUACCAUCAAACCCGUUUACCUUCGAUAUGUUCUCUGAGUCUCAAAUUCCCCAAUCAUCUUUACCAUCUAACCCGUUUACCUUCGAUAUGUUCUCUGAGUCUCAAAUUCCCCAAUCAUCUUUACCAUCUAACCCGUUUACCUUCGAUAUGUUCUCUGAGUCUCACAUUUCCCAAUCAUCUUUACUAUGUGACCCGUUUACCUUCAGCAUGUUCUCUGAGUCUCACAUUCCCCAAUCGUCUUUACCAUCAAACCCGUUUACCUUCGAUAUGUUCUCUGAAUCUCACAUUCGCCAAUCAUCUUUACUAUCUGUCCCGUUUACUUUCAACAUGUUCUCUGAGUCUCAAAUUCCCCAAUCAUCUUUACCAUCUAACCCGUUUACCUUUGAUAUGUUCUUUGAACGUGUACACAAAUUCUUUUGCUACAUGUGUUUCUCUCUCCCCCCUCUCUCUCUCUCUCGUUCUCUCUCGUUCUCUCUCUCUCUCCAUUCCCUGUUUUAUAGUAUAUUUUUUUUACAACGAGCCGUGUUCAAAAUUGUCACUUCUUCUUAUUAUUAUUAUUCUUUUCUUUCUUUUUUCUUCUUCUUCUUUUCUUCUUCUUUUUUCUUCUUCUUCUCUUUCUUUUCUUCUUCUUUUUUCUUCCACUUCUUCUUUUUCUUCUUUCUUCUUCUUUUACUCUUUCUUUUUUCUUCUUCUUUUCUACUUCUUUUUUCUUCCACUUCUUCUUUUCUUCUUCUUUUUUCUUCUUCUUCUUCUUUUUAUUUUUCUUCUUCUUUCUUCCACUUCCUCUUCUUCUUCUUCUUCUUCUCUUUAUUUUUCUUCUUCUUUUCUUCUUUUUUCUUCCACUUCUUUUCUUCUUCUUUCUUCUUCUUCUUCUUCUUCUUCUUCUUCUCUUUAUUUUUCUUCUUCUUUUCUUCUUUUUUCUUCCACUUCUUCUUUUUCUUCUUCUUUUUUCUUAUUUCUUCUUCUUCUUUUACUCUUUCUUUUUUCUUCUUCUUUUCUACUUCUUUUUUCUUCCAUUUCUUCUUUUUCUUCUUUUUUCUUCUUCUUUUUUUCUUCUUCUUCUUCGCUUUCUUUUUUCUUCUUCUUUUUUCUCCUUUUUCUUCUUCUUUUUCUUCUUCUUUUCCUUCUUAUUCUUUUCUUUCUUCUUCUUUUCUUUCUUCUUCUUUUCCUUCUUCUUUUCCUUCUUCUUUUCUUCUUUUUGUUCUUUUUUCUUCUUAUUCUUUUUCCUCUCAUUUUCUUCUUCUUCUUUCUCCUUCUUUUUUCCUUCUUUUUCUUUUCUUUUCACCGUCCCACUCUUCAUUUAAACAAGGGCGUCAAAUCUAUCUAUUAAUUUAUCUAUCUUACUCUUUCUAUCUCCCUUUCCCUCUCUCUCUCUCUCUCUCUCUCUCUCUCUCUCUAUUUCUAUCUAUUUAUCUAUAUAUUGCAAUAAUAAUUUCUUUUUAA